AAAAAACUAAAAACUUUCAUUUGCUUCUGUUAAUUAACAGUUCUGUUAGUUAACAGUGGGGGCAACAACAGCGACUAGUACAUGUGGAAGCAGCAUAACAUUUUCAACCCCAAAUUGAGCGCCUGUGGAGAAAAUUGCCCGUUUUUCAGUGUCAUUUGGCAGAAAAAUCGAUUCCCUCGCACACACUGGGCCACUCUGGGCAGGUUGGGCAGAAAUCAGAGUACAAACCAGCCGAGCAGCGCGACCGAGAUGACCCACUUUUCGGUUUUCGCACUGGAACCCAACUGCUCUACCAAACUAAAUUAAAUGUGCAAAUCUAUACGGAGUUUUUUUUCUAUUAUUAGAUUGCGCUAUCAUUAGUCGCAUGUUUAAUCGCGGAAAUUAUGUACAACUCGUAGUCGUAGUGUAAACUCUAUGCAUUUAUGUGAAUUCCCCAGCGCAAACGUGGAAGAGGAAAACAGGCGACCUGAAAAAGCAGCGAGCAAGAAGCAGAAGCAGAAGCAGCAAAAAAGUCGUCAUAGGGGCAGCCACAGCAUGCCGUACGAGUCGAUGCACCAUCAUCAGUCGGCGGCCGCUGCCGUGGCCGCUGGCACCGCCCCCAACGGAAUGCUGGACUCCCUCAGCCUGCAGCUGCGCGAUGCAGAGAUGCGGCGCACGGAGAUCGAACGGGCGCAUCAGGAAACCCUGGCACAAAUACGCAAUUUGAGCGGUAGCGCACGUCCCGAUGCCGAGGCGGUUGAAAAUCUGCAAUCGAGAGCCCGGGAACUUGAAAAGAAGGUCGCUUUGGAAAAUGUGCGCUGCGAGGAGCUGCAAAUCGAACUGACUGCAGCUCUGAAGGCCAAGGCAGCUCGCUCGACGGUAUCCGGAAUGGGAUGUGGGGCGUCCGGAGCCGGCGCAACUAUUCCGACGUCAGCCAGCAGUUCCACCGUCACUUGGGCACCGACAAUCAGUCACCAGGACCAAGGCUCCGAGAUUGAUAUCAUAAUGGCAAAGAUUGAGCAGGAUAAUCGCGUCCUGGCCGAACUGGAGCAGCCUCGCACAUCGGCCAGCGCCAGCAUGUCAGCAUUGCCGCCCAGUUCCAUGUUGAGCACGGUAAAUAGCGAAUUUAGAACCAUAUCAAAGAGUGAACUCGAAGAAGAACUGAACCGUUAUAAAAGGGCCGUACUAGGCGGCUCCUCGGGCGGCGGCGGGGGGAUGUCCGCGAUGUCCUCCGGCUACUCGAGCCUGCCGCAUUCGCUGGCCUCCACGCUGCCCAAUGGCGGCGCCAGCACCAGCCUGAGCGGCACCAGCGUUGGCUCCCAGAGCGUGGCUGCCGCUGCUGCUGCCGCUGCCGCUGCCUCUGCCGCAUCGGGGGGCGGUGGCAUGGUCGGUGUCGUUGGGCCAUCAGGUGGCCUCACAUCCAUAUCGGCCCUGGUGCCCAAUCCAAUCAGCGGUAUACCCUCGAGCCUGAGCAGUCACGGCAUCCAGUCGAUGCAGUACGGGGCCGGGCAGACGUCCGUCGAAAAGCUGUUGAGCGGAACUAGUGGAAUCUCUGGCAUUCCACCUCUGCCGGUAAAUAUUCACACGAUGAAGGCUAUGCCGACGGCAUUAAGUCAGCGCGGAACAAUACAACUGUACAAUUUGCAGAGCACAACCAUGCCCCUCCUGUCACUCAACUCGCAUAACCUGCCGCCUGCCGGCACGAGCAGCUACUCGGCCCUGGGCCUGAGCGGCGGACCCGCUGGCGUCGGCGGCACCUCGCUGACACACCCCUCCAUGGCCAAUCUCGGUCUGCUGGACACCGGUACUCUCCUGGGAGCCACCGGCUUGGGCGGCCUGGGCGCCGGACCUGGUGCCGGGGGGAUUACGGGCGCCACUUCGCUGUACGGUCUUAGUGGCGGAGCAGCCGGUGCUAUCGGCUCCUCGUAUGGGCCACCCUUCCUGGACGUCGCUUCGAGCGCCUCGUACCCAUUCACCGCGGCCGCUCUGCGUCAGGCUUCCAAAAUGAAGAUGCUGGACGAGAUCGACAUCCCGCUGACGCGUUACAACCGCAGCUCGCCCUGCUCCCCCAUCCCGCCCAGCAACUGGGGCUUGGACGAGUUCACCGACGGUCUCAGCGUCUCCAUGAUGCACAAUCGCGGCGGCCUGGCGUUGGGUGCCCUCGAUCUGGACACCCGCAAUCAUGGCCUGAAUGGAGCCAGUGAGCCGCAGGUCGAUAUGCUGGAUAUUCCCGGCAAAGGCCGCUGCUGUGUGUUCAUCGCCCGCUUUCCCUACGAUCCACCAGAGGAGGCAGAGGGCGAGCUUUCCCUGUGCGCCGGAGACUACUUGUUGGUGUGGACUAGCGGGGAGCCCCAGGGCGGAUACUUGGAUGCGGAGCUGCUGGACGGACGACGUGGCCUGGUGCCCGCCUCCUUUGUACAGCGUUUAGUAGGCGACGACCUCCUGGAGUUCCACCAGGCGGUGCUGUCGACUCUGCGAGACGCCGAGGACGGGUCGAUGCAGUGCGACACCACUUCGCUGCCCUCCUUGCCGCCGCACAACCCAUUGCUCACACACACCCACGAGGACCUGGCACGUUUGAGUGAGACGCACACCGAUCUGGAGCACGACCAGGACGACAUCAGCGACAAUGUUCCAGCACCCAAGCACUUGACGCUGGAACGGCAGCUGAACAAGAGCGUGCUCAUUGGCUGGUCACCGCCGGAGCCAGUGGGCUACAACCUCAUCGACAGCUACCACGUCUACGUGGAUGGCGUGCUCAAGGUCACCGUGAAGGCCAAUGAACGCACACGCGCUCUUAUCGAGGGCGUAGACUCCACGCGGCCGCAUCGCAUCAGCGUGCGGAGCGUGACCCAGAACAGGCAGACAUCCAGGGACGCCGCCUGCACGAUGAUCAUCGGGCGGGACACCUCGCAUUUGGGCCCCUCGGCGGUGCGCGCCUCGCACAUAACGUGUUCCUCGGCGGUCAUCUCGUGGCUGCCGGCCAACUCCAACCACCAGCAUGUGGUGUGUGUGAACAAUGUGGAGGUGCGCACCGUCAAGCCGGGCAUGUACAGGCACACGAUCACGGGCUUGGCGCCAAGCACCCAGUACCGGGUGACCGUACGCGCCAAACACCUGCGGGCCGUUGGCCAGCAUGCGGGCAACGUGGCCCAGACGCCGGGCAGGCCCGGACAGGAGGAGGCACCCGGAGCCUAUGCCGAUUUCCGCACCCUCACCAAGGGUCUGCCCGAUCCGCCGCAGGAGAUACAACUUGAGGCCGGCCCGCAGGACGGUACCAUUCUGGUGACAUGGCAGCCGGUUAACAGGCCCACCUCGACUGGGCCUGUAACCGGCUAUGCUGUGUACGCCGAUGGUAAAAAGGUCACCGACAUCAACUCGCCGACCGGCGACCACGCCCUCAUCGACAUCGGGAAGCUGGGCGUCUUCAAUCCGCGUGCAGUCACUAUUCGGACCAAGUCCCGCGACUCCCAGUCGGCCGACAGUGCGCCCAUCUUGAUACCAAACACUGUGCGCAAUGCCGUGGCCCGCCGGGGACCAAACCAGAUGGGCAUGGGCCCGCAGCUGCCGCAGGGGCCGCACCAAAUGGGCGUGCAACAGCAGAUGGGCGUGAUGCCCGGCCAGCCCGGCCAGCCGGGACAGCCGGGGCAGCACAUGAUGGGCCAGCAAAUGGACCACGGGCAGUACGAUCCGAAUCAGAUGCAACAGCAGGGCAUGCAGCCGCAGCCCGGGCAGCCGGGUCAUCAGCCCGACGGAGGCUCCGGCUUGUUAGGUGGCCUGCUCGGUGGCCUCUUCUCGAAACCCACACAGAAUCAAGUGAACCAGAAUGGCUACCAGUCGGGGGCACCAGGCACCCAAAGGGGCAUGGUUCCGAUCCCGGGCAGGCCGCAGGGACCACAGCAGCAGCAACAGCCUCCCUACGGACCCCAGGGUCCCAUGGGCGGGGCCCGCUUCCGAGGACCAGUGCCCGGCCAGAUGAACAUGCAGGGUCAGCAGAUGCAGGGCCAGAUGCAGGGUCAGAUGCCGGGUCAGAUGCAAGGACAGAUGCCAGGACAGCUGCCGGGACAGAUGCCAGGUCAGAUGCCGGGACAGAUGCCGGGACAGAUGCCGGGUCAAAUGCAAGGCCAGAUGAUGGGUCCGCGCGGUCCACUCAACCAGCAGCAGCAACAGCAGAUGCAGCAGGGUCAGAUGAUGCCCGGCCAGCAGCCCGGACAACAGCCGGGCCAGCAACCCGGCCAGCAACAACAAAUGCCGGGCGCCCAGAAGAAGCCACGCUACUUCGUGGCCAUGUUCGACUACGAUCCCUCCACGAUGAGUCCCAAUCCCGAUGGCUGCGACGAAGAACUGCCAUUCCAAGAGGGUGAUACGAUCAAGGUCUUUGGUGAUAAGGACGCCGAUGGCUUCUACUGGGGAGAGCUGCGUGGCCGCCGAGGAUAUGUACCGCACAACAUGGUCUCCGAGGUGGAAGAUACCACCGCCCCCAUGACGGCCGGCGGCCAAAUAGCCGGUCCCAUGGGACAGGGUGUGGGCCAGGGAGUGGGCCAGGGCGUGGGCGGCACCGCCCAGGUGAUGCCCGGCCAGGGGGCACCGCAGCAGAGCAUGCGGAAUGUGAGCCGCGACCGCUGGGGCGACAUCUAUGCGAAUAUGCCCGUUAAGCGGAUGAUCGCUCUCUACGAUUACGAUCCCCAGGAGUUGAGUCCGAAUGUGGAUGCCGAGCAAGUGGAAUUGUGUUUCAAGACGGGCGAAAUCAUACUCGUUUACGGUGAUAUGGAUGAAGACGGUUUCUAUAUGGGCGAACUGGACGGUGUGCGGGGACUGGUGCCGUCAAACUUCCUGGCGGAUGCGCCCGAUCAGUACAACAACCAGAUGGGUCCGGGCGGAGUCGGGGCAGGCAGAGGCGGGCUGAGCCAGAGGGGCAGGGGCCAGGGUCCCGGUGCGAGGGGCCCGCCGCCGCCGCCGAGGGACAACAUGAUGCCCGGCAUGGGCGGGCAGCGCGGCCAACCGGGCAAAAAUGCUCGCCCUGCUUCCCCUACACUGUUAGACAACACGGGCCAUCCUGCCCCCGAUCACCAAACGCAGGGGAUGAUCGGUCGCGUUGGUAAUGUCGGCAUGCAGCAGCAACAGCAACAGAUGCAGCAGCAACUCCAACAGCAGCAGCCGUACGGUCAGCAACAGACACAAAUGGGACAGCAGCAGCAGCAACAACAGCAAAUGGGACAACCUGGAAUGAUGGGUCAGCCAAUGGGUCAACAGCAGAUGGGUCAACAGCCCAUGGGCCAGAUGGGUCAGAUGGGCCAAAUGGGCCAGAUGGGACAGAUGGGCCAAAUGGGUCAGAUGGGGCAGAUGGGUCAGCCGAUGGGACAAAUGGGGCAGCAGCAGCAACCGCCGGUGACGACGCAGGCGCAAACGGGUGGACUGUUCUCGGGAGCGACUAGCCUGCUCUCUGGUGCUACCUCGGCUGCCACCGGUGGUCUAUUUGGGUCGAAGCAACCGCCCAAAACGGAUCCAAUGCAACCACCCGGGGGUGUGCAGCCAGCGCAGCAACAAGCGAACGCCUUCGGUGCCCAACAGCCGGGAAUGCAGCCCGGGAUGCAGCCCGGAAUGCAGCCGGGAAUGCAACAGCCGGGAAUGCAACAGCCCGGUAUGCAACAGCAGCAGCAACAACAAGUGCCACCGCAAGCCCAGGCUCCGCCGCAGGGUCCGGGCGCCGGCCUGCUAGGCGGGUUAAAGGGUAUCGCGGCAGCGGCGCCCGGCGGCGAUGUCUUGUCGAAAGGGAAAGAUCUAUUCGGAAAAUUCGGGUUUGGCUUUGGCAAAUAACCCCGGUCAUUCCAUAGGGUCCUGUUAUAUUAUUCGUAGAUUAGACUUAUUAUUACUAUUAUGAUUAUGAUUAUUGCUAUUGAUUACGAUUACUAAGCUAAUAUAAAACAAAAAGAAAAACAAAAAAAAAAAAAAACAGAAAAAUGAAACAAAACCCAUACAGACGGAGGCGCAAAUCCAAUGCUAAAUGUAAACCAAUCCCCCAGUCCCUGGUGGUGGGCUGAUGUGAAGGCUGUUGUCGAUAUGAUACGGAACGAUAUGAUAUAGCGAAAUGAAACUGCAACUAAUAGAACUAAUGAUAAUAUUUUUUAUUAAUUAAAUUGAUAGAAAUAUUAUGAGUGACCGGCAACAGCCGUAGCAGCGGCCCGACAGCCGGGACCGAGACAGCCACAAAACCGAACAAAUUGUUGUAAAAUUAUUUAAAAAAUUGCCAGUUAAGGUAACUGAUAAAGAUUCAACCCACUAACGGAUAAAGCUCUAUAAAUCAAGCCAGGUUACUGACUAGAAACUCUUCGCCUACAGAUACAGAACACAUACUAGAUACAAGACACACAGAUAUAACAUAUGCAGAUGCAGAUACAGAUACAGAUACGAUACAUAUACAUGGUGAGAGAGGAGGAGAGGGAGGAGAUAUAUAUUAUAUACAUACAUUAUAUUUACAAUUAUUUGUUAACGCACAUUGUUAAAUUUGCUACUGUUGCUGACCAGUUUAUAAAUAUAAAAAAAAAUCAAAGGAAAAGAAUAAAGAUAAAGCAAACACAUAAGGUAAACUAAACCAAAUAUAAACAUACAUAUAUUAUAUGUAUAUAUUUAAAAUAUAUUGAAAACUAAAUUGAGAUACACUAAACAAAUUACAUUUAUAAAUCAAAAACAAAACAAAACAAAACAAAAACACAAAUGAAACGUUGAGCAAUGACGCAGAAAAAAUACACAUACAUUGAAGUAAAAAACCAAAAAAUAAAAAAUAAAUCGAUAUGAUACAUAUUUACAUAUAUACGCAUAUACUAAAUACGAUUUCGCAUUCAAGCCAACCUCCAAUCGGGCGCAAUCCUCUACUUCCAAGGUCCAGUUUAAGAUGAAGAUAUGUACUUUCCACUUUCCGCAGUGAUAUGCCAGAUAUAUGCCAGAGACAGAGAGUUAUACCAGAGCCGAAGCAGCCCCAACCGCAGACGUGAUCCUUCGACUUCGACUUCUAUUCUAUUCUAUUGCAUUCUAUUCUGUAACGUUCGAAUACCCGAAUUCUUUCAGUGUUUGAUGUCCAUAGAAGCAUAAUUGCGAUUAAUAUAUCAGUGUAACGUAAACAAAACCAAAGACCAAGAGAGAUCUACUCCUACACACAAAUAUGAGAUAUCCGAAAAGUCAUACACAAAUACAUAUAUAAAGUACUAAAGAUCCUAAAAGAUAAAAUAAAUUACAAAAAAAACCAUUAGCGUUAGACGCAGGAGACAUGUUCACUAAAUUCGGCUUGGAGUAACUUUUCAUACAAAUAUGUAUUUUCUUUAUCGUAAUCGAGCCGCCCCUUGCUACAUCUUCCUAUUGCAAAACUACUUUAACUCGAUCUUAUCCAAUUUAUCAAACAUACUCGGACACUUUCGAUCGUUAUUUUACUUGCUACCGAUAGUUGCGUUCCUCUGGGAGAACUUUUGCUUUAUCCUGUUCGAAAGAGUUACGAAAAAGAUAGCCAAUUAUUUCCUAACGUUUCAAAAUUGCUUUGACUCAGCUCCCAUUAAACACAAAAAAACAAAAAUACAAAAUAUUUAAUAAAAUUUAUAAGAAAAACAAAAAAAAAAAACAAACACCCUAACACAGCA